AUGAAAGUAAAGACUAUCAAUCAAUUUAUGGUGGUGUACAACAAGUACAGAGACACUCUAUUUAUGUCAAGAGAUUUGAUAUCAAAUGCAUGCAGAGUUGGUAACAUUGAAAUUGUAAAGAUACUUCUCAAUCAAACAUCACCGAUUAAACUUAAAAGAGAUGGUGCAUUUAAAGGUGCUAUGUUAGGUGGUCAAGUGGAAAUACUCGAUUAUCUCGUGGAGAAUGGAAUUGAUCCUAUCAAUGAAUUGGACAAGAAGAUAAUGGAUGAUUUAAUCAAUUACCCAAAGAUCCAAUCAAUCGAAUGGUUAUUUGCUAAAUUCGGUGAGGAUAUCAUCAUGGAAAAGUACAAGACUACCCUCGGAGCUUUACAUUUCAAUCCACAAUUGAGCGACGAUAAAGUAUUUAUCUAUCGAUUAUUAAAGAAACAUGGUUAUACUUUUGGUCCAAAGAUAAUAGAGCCGAUCAUUAAAGCCAAUCUCUCUCUCAGUAAUUCUAUAGAAUUAUUAUCAUAUCUCAUGGUUAAUAAGGAGAGCAAUCAUCUUGGAGUUACCUCAGAAACAGAUACCAAAUACCUCUUAUCAAUGAAAGAGAGUAUAGUAAAACAAUUUCCAAUUCCUGAAUCACCCCUGAUUGACAAUCUUUGUUAUAAUCUCAUACUUCUUGAUGCUAUGUAUCAUCAUCACAAUGCAUUAUACUCAAGGAAUUAUAUUGGCAAAACAGUCUCAGAAAUCGUUAGAAUUAAACUUCAAUUGGCAGGUCAAUUAAAUAUAUCAAACCAAUCAAUCAUCGAUGAUAUUCUAUCGAAGAUCGUUUCACUCAAUAUGAAUGUAGAUGAUCGUGGAAAUGUAGAAGAUGAAACCAAUCUUCGAAAGACUCUAACAUUAUUAUUCAAUCAUGGAUCUCGCAAUCAAAUUGAGUAUCUUGUCAAUAGAAUAGAUACCGAUCGAUCAAUCAUUGAAGUACCUCUUCAAGAAUGUAUUUAUCGAUGUGUUGCAUCACUUUUCGAAAGAGAAGAUGGUAAUCUUGCAAUUGAAAUGAUUGAAUACAUAAAGAGAGUUUUCACCAAACAAGGUUUAAAGUUAUUCAGAAACUUUAAAGAAGAUCGUAGAGACCAUGGAAAUUCCUGCAUGAGAUAUGAAAGAUCACAUCAGAAACCUGGAUCAAAAGAAUCAAUUCUUUAUCUCAUGGAUAACCUUGAUGGAUGGAAACUAGACUAUAAUGACUAUGAAACUACUCAGCGAUUUGGUUCACUCAUUUUUGAUCAAUUGGUAAUGCGUGGAAAAGUUAUCAAUGAAGAUGGAUCACUAUCAUAUGAAGCAUGGCAUAUUAUUGAAAGAUCAAGAACUAAGCAGCAAUUGGAUCACAUUUUGAAAUAUGAAGGAAUCAUCCAAGCAACAACUGAGGAUCAAUCAAGAUGGAACAAAAAGAAAUAUAAUGCAAUUGAUUUUAGAAUCAAAUAUGCACCAACUUUUCAUCGAAUGUUUCUUGUUGGUAUCGGGAUUGGUACAUAUCAUUUUUAUCAAGUACAAACGAUAGAAUUCCUCAAUUGGUUGACAAUAAAUGCCAAGGGUUUUCUAAAGAUUGAUCAAAAGAUAAUUCAAGAUCCAGAAUUGAUCUUUCAUGUCUUGAAGAACAAAAUCUUCUCAGAUGUUAAUCUCUCUUGCUUUGAUAUCAAAGAACUAAUGACAAUUAAGCAAAAUCCAAAUCUAUUAAGAUUCAUCUAUGAAAAUCACAGAUCUCAAUGGAAUCAAGCCGUUAAAGACAACUUGUUGGAUAUCCUUCAAAGAUCAUCGAACGAAAUUCUUGACCUAAUAUUCGGAAUCGAUCCCUAUGCAAUGAAAUUAUUAACAAACAAUGCCCAGAACUUUGUACCAAGGCUACAUGAAUAUUAUUACGACACAUUGUUUUGGAUGCAUAGAAAAGGAAUUCAUCUUUCUUUGGAUGAAACCAUCAAAAAGUUUGGUGAUCCAACUGGUAUUCUAAAAUUGAUUUCUGAUGAAACCAAAACAAACAAACGCAAACGCAAACCAAAUUAA